AACUCUGCGGGGCUGGCAAAACUCCUGAGUCCCAAAUCCCCGGAAAUGGCUGAGUUAGCUAAAGCCUUGUUAAGAGAGAUGCGAGCCGAUAACGAGCUAGUAACCGACAUUCGGGACUCGCAGAAAAACUUCCACCUGGCUUUAUUUUACUUGAUGAGUCUCCAUCGUAACACAUCACGUAUCAUAACUAAUGUUCAUGCUAUUUAUUUUGAUCCAUGA